GAAAGAUGGAUUCCUCGUAACUGCGUUGUAAACACCAUGUAAAUUUAAGACGAAAUAUUUUCGUCGUAAAUGUUCGUUGUUAUGGGCACGUUUUCUUGUAGUGUAGACAUUCUCAGUCUCAAAAGCUAUGAGAAUGCAUUCCCAAGAUUGAGUAGUCACCACAACCUUAGAGUGGAAGUAAUAGAUCUUCUGGCAUUGUUUUCACUAAUGCAGUGACACUUGUGGAGUUGCUCAUGGACUCUGUGAGUAACCAAUUUGAUGGAUUUUACACAGAUGGUUCGCUUUUUUGUCUCAUAUAGUACGUUUUUCAUUAAUUUUCAGGUCAAAGCUACAUAGCUUUUUCCUUCAAUCGUUGCAGAAUCUAAAACUCUUGAAGUGGUUUCAUCUAGAUUGCGUGGAAAUCACAGAGAUGACUUACGUUUGACAACAUCAUGAUCUGAAGGCGGUGGAAUGAUUCCGGAAGAUCAGAGACGUGACUAUUUUGUGUUUUGGAAUCAAUAAGAUUUAGCUCUGUUAAGCCUCUGUGGAAAUAAAAAGAAAAAGAAAAAAGAUUAGCUCUGUUUUGCUUCACGCACCAAAUGCUACUUUCAAUUAUUUAUUGUACGAAACUCUACUUUCGUUUUAGAGCACUAAAACUCUUAUUCUAAUAGUUAAAAUAUAUAAUAUGGAAGAUAAUAUGACGCUUAUAAAUAACCAAUUAUAAAUACAACUUCAAAAGGUAAACAUUUGGCUAAAGACAAUCAGGUGAAAAAAAAUCAAAAAUACAAAACAAUGACCAAUUUUUUGUGUUAUAUGUACUCUGCAAUAAUAAAUAAAUUAUACAGCUUCUCACAAAACGCAAACACGUUAACUUCAAACCAUAUAAACUUUAUAUAGGUGUUCAAUUCAGUAAAUUCGAACCAAUUAAAACCGAACAAACCGAAUUAGAGAAAGUGGUUUGGAUUUACUAAUACUGAAUAUACAAUGAAUGUUAUUUAUAAGAAACCGUAUUAUAUAAAUAUGACUUGGUAUAUAAACCGAUCAAACCGAAUAAACAGAUCAAAACCGAAUAAACCGAUCAAUUAAAAUAUAGUAGUACAUUUAUAUGUAAAUUAUAUAAAUAUAAUUUAUAAUAUAUACAAUUUUUUACAAUUUACUUUAUUGAUAUGAUCUUUAUACUUAAAAUGUUGAUUUUAGAAAAAAUAAUUUUGAUGAUCAUGGUAUCCGGAUGCCCUCGAAAGAGCUCCGACAAGAGCGUAAUGAUUGUUCACAGGAGCUAAGCUGGGGAGCCCGCCGAAAGUCAUCCAGGAGGGCCACCGAUUUCACUCCAUGUUAAUUGACUGUGGCCAAUGUGGAUCGUGGCUAUAAUUAUUUUUAGAAAUUUCAUAUUUUAUUUGAAUUGAUUUUUUUAACUUUUAAUUAAACAAUAAAUAAUUUUUAAUUUUUGAAAAAUAUGUGUACUAAUAUUUAGUUAUUUAAUAAUAUUAUGAAUUACUAAUUUUCUUAUUUUUGUUCUAUAAAAACUACUAUUAUUAACAUAAUAUAUAUACUAAUUAUUUCAAAAUAGUAAAAAUAGUCUAUUCAAAAUCUUAUAUAUCUUCGUGUUUUAUUAAAGCUGAUAUCUAAUCAUAUAAGAUAAAAUUCUAAAAAAAAUAUAAGAGAUAUAUAUUUAUCCUAAGAACUGUGAUUCUCUGCUAAACGGUAAUUGAAAAAAACAUAAAAAUUAUGUCUAAAACAAUAAAAAUAACCUAAGAAAAUGUCAAUUUCCUAAAAGAACACAGACACUAAAAUGUAUUUCUCUACCAGUUUAUUGUAUAAUACACAUAUAAUUAUAAUUUAAAAAAUAUACGUCAAUACAUUACAUUACAUGUAGAGCAUAUUAUGCGCGUAGCGCGAACCGACCUUAGUUAUCUAUAGAAACUUAUACAUAAUUGAGAAUUUAGGUGUGUCUCUCUCAUAUUACAGAUUUAUUUUAUUUGCAACAUCGUAUAAUAAAUUUAAAAAAUUUCUUUUAAACGGCCAAGUUUUAGAUAUGUUUGCAAAUAUGUUAAAUUUUCUUUUUGGGUUAAAUUAUAUUUAAAGAUAGGAAACCUAUUGUUUCUUUUUUUUCGUAACACGUAGGAAACCUACUCUUUCUCUCACCCCAUCCCUAGCUCGCGUAUUAAAGAUUUUUAUUGAAUCACACAGUAGCUAUGGAGUGGAGAAACCUUCCAACGGAUUUGGUAGAGGAUAUACUCUCUAGGAUUCCAGCUAUAACUCUGGCAAGAUUUCGAUCAACAUCAAAACAAUGGAGCGCUAUAUUGAAAUCCACUAGCUUUGCUAAGAUGCACACUGCCAAAGCACAAAAGAGGGAGGAUGAGUCUCUGAACAUCAUGUUGAUUGAUUCUAAUGUUUUCCAAGUAAGGAUCAGUCUCGGUGCUCCAUAUGUUAAGGUUGCAGAUAAUCCAUUCUACCUUAAAGACCCCCUUUCUAAUUCUUCAAGAGUUGGUGUACUUAAUCUCUUUCACUGCGACGGCUUGUUGCUAUGCACCACAAAGGACAAGAGACUCGUGGUUUGGAAUCCAUGUUCAGGGGAAACCACGUGGAUCAAACCUAGAGACAUCUACAGAGAAUCAGACUACUAUGCUCUCGGUUACACUUACGACAGCAAAUCAUCCAGCAAGCAAUAUAAAAUCUUGAGGGUGGAUCGUCAUAAAGAUGUACCACCUAAUAAUGAGUACGAGAUUUAUGACUUCACCUCUAACACUUGGAGAAUUCUUGGGGUUGCUACUGAUUGGUUUUUAGCACUAUAUCGUCGUGGCAUAUCAGUGAAGGGAAAUACUUUUUGGAUUGCUACUCAAGCAUGGAGUCCACAUAACAAUUUCUUACUUAGUUUUGAUUUUUCAGCAGAGAUGUUUCAAAGUCUAUCUCUUCCUCGUCCGUUUCCGUAUAGUAUAUUGGCUUUAUCUGUGGUUAGAGAAGAGCAACUUUGUCUCUUAUCUUUAACGAAGAAAGAGUUACAAGUGUGUGUGACAACUAGUACCGGAUCAUGGAGUCAGCUCCUAGAUGUGACCUUUGAAUAUGAGAUAAGUAGUAGUCAGUUUUCUAAAGGGAUGAGUUUCCUGGCAGACAAGCAGAGCAAGGUUGUAAGGUGUUUGAACUCCGACAACGUCGUAUACACUGUGCAAGAAAAUAAACACAUACAAGUGAAUCGGCUUGGAAAAGGCAAAAGGGAAAGCAUCACGCAUGAUAAUUUUGAGUCUAGCUCAGUUCUUCUGAAUUAUGCUCCAAGUUUAACUCAAACCCAACAAGAUUAUACAUGCAAAAGGAAAUCACCAAGUACGUGACUUGUAAUUGUCACACUAAUCUAAAUAAGUCUCUCUUUCCUUCUAUGUUGUUUUGUUUUUGAGUUUUUUUUAGGACUUGUCAAAUUUUUCGUUCCACCUAUCUAUCUACAAAUAUCUUUAGAUUCAAACCAGUUUAUGUUUUGUGUUAUUUUUUUCCUCGAAUCAUAUAGUUCUGGAUGAAUUCCUUUCAACGUGUAUUGUGUUUGCUCAAAUUGCAACCCCUUAAUUACACGAAACUGAUGAUUUCAUCGUUUGUUAUGGUAAUUAUAGUUGUUUGUUUUUUUCAGUCUAAUUAAUAUAACUGGAACAUUCUAUUGGUGAACUAUUAAAUGUUUGAAUUGUAUUUUUUUUUUUGGUGCUUGCAUAAUAGACCUAACAAAAUUUGAGACCAGCGUGGGAGGAUGAAAGGGUAAAUGAUUCCCUUUUUUUUUGUAACACGAAACUUAUAUUAAAGGGCUCAAAGAGGAGGAACGUUUCAACUGAAGCAGAUGAUUCCAGAGACAUGCUCGACGGUACAACGAAAGUAGAAAGCAUUAUGAAACAUAGAAAGAGAAGAACCCCAUGGAGAAGUUUCACCUUAAUCCCUAAGGCGAUUGUUCGCAAGAACAACUGAUAGUCGAAAUCGACGUUGAUACACCAGUAAGAAGCGGUUGGACUGUUGCCCGACAAGAGCUCUUGGUGAGAAGCUCCAGGACUUUGGGCAACACCAAGAAGAAGUCCUAUCUGACUUGAUUUGGCACUGAAAUUGGUAGGAUCAGUUCUGAACUCAACAAAGCUUCUUAACGAGACUAGGUGCAUCUCUAAAGCUAGUUUAGCCUUCUUAGGGAUGCUUAGGACAAUGGAGUUUGAUGACGAACUCAACGGUUUACUCGGGUCAAAACCUUGGACCUCAACAUUACCGUGUCGAAGCCAAUAAUUAGUAACCGAUUCCUAUUAGUUCAAUUUCUUUUGUAAUUCAACUUCAAGUAAAUUUUAACUUAAAAGUGAUCAUGCAUUUUCUUUUGAAUGAUCCACCAUGCAUGUUUACUGUUACUAUACACUACUUAGUACUAACUACUAACAGGUUUUUUUGGCGGAGAGGGUAAAGAUAUAGUCUGAGUAUUCUAUUUAGACUUCUUUUUUUUUUUGCUAAAUUAAAUUUUAAAACUUUCAUCUGCAUGUUAUUCAGUUAUCAAAUCAACGGGAAUGAGAAUAUUUCAUUAAUUAAAACUUAGCAGUGUUGUUAAAACCGGACCGAUCCGAUGGUUAGACCGGGUUCAACCAUGAACCGGGUAUAUAAACGGGUUGGGUCUAAUAAUUGGUUCAACCAUGAACCGACCACGUAGCCGGAUUAGAUCUUAAAGUUAUUAAACUACGAAAACUAUCAAAAAUCUAUAAAUCAUCCAUAUAAACAUAAAACUAGUUUAUAUUUAUAAUGUUUUAUGUUUAAGAGUUAUUUAUAUUUUAAUUAUG